AUGACGCAGCAGAGCACGCAGUCGUCGCGCGCGCCCCGGGCACGGUCCCCGCAUUUCCCUCCACAUAACGCGCCCCGCGUAUGGUUCUUGACAAUAGGCUCGUCGCCCAUCGCAAUCGCAUUGGCGCGCCAAGUCCUCGAUCACGGUGACUAUGUAGUAGCUGGCGUUGUUCCUCAAGAGUUCGAAAAGAGAGAGGGCCAAAGUGAGGACUUUCGAGCGUUUCUCGAGGAUGUGAAGCACACUGAACGAUGGAGGGAAAGAUUGAGAGUUGUCGGACUAGAUGGGAGGGUUGUUGGCCAGUGUCAGGCGGCGAUCGCAGAAGCUGUCGAAGCAUUCGGACGUGUCGAUGUGCUACUUGGCAACACUAGCGAAGCUGUCAUUGGCGCCGUAGAGGAACUGGCCCAAAGUAGCCGGACGAUCACUCUUGUGCAGGACACAUUCGAAACUAAUUUCUUCUCAAAUGUGAACAUCAUCAAAGCGGUCCUGCCAACGAUGCGCGAAAGGAAAAACGGCCAUAUUAUCAUGUUGACAGGUGUCACUGGCCAUCUCGGGACCCCAGGUUUGGCCAUGUAUUGCUCAUCACAGUGGGCCAUCGAAGGAUACUGCGACAGUCUGGCGUAUGAAAUUGCUCCAUUCAACAUCAAAAUGUCUAUUGUUCAAGCAAACAUGGAAGUCAAUGUCCUCACCAACAAGAUGACUUCCGUCCCCCCGAUGCGCGAGUAUCUCCAAGCCGAAAACCCCGCACCUAUUGCUCGCGACAUUUUCUCCAACCUUCUCGAUAAGCUUGAUCGCGUUAAUAAUCCGUUGCCCUACCCGGAGGAAAAGUCUCCCACGGACAGCAUCUCGACGACAAGUCCAGAUGCUACCACGGUUCAUGAGCCGACCAUGGGUGAUUUACUCAGCUCUGACACAAUCACAUCGUUGUAUGCACCUCUGCCGCCGGUUGUAAAGGCUUCCUUGAUAGCAGAAACUGUGCACGCGCUGACGGCUAUCGGUGGUCAUGACAAUCCACCAGCGAGACAUAUAGUUGGUUUGGAGGGAGUGACCGCUGUGAAAGAGAAGCUGAAGACGACAAGUGAAGAACUCGAGGACUUCAUCGAAGUGAGUAAUGCGGUAGAUAUCGCUCGUCAGUACGAUCCAUCAUCCAUGGCCUCAUUGGAUGCCGGAAUAUCUUAA